CGCUUGCCGGACCAUUCUUUUUGAUAUCUCGAAAACAGACAAUGGUGGUCAGCGCCCCAAACAGUCCUUUCGGUGACGAUGCUUCCGUCAAGAUCUUUCUCGGCCCCGUUGUGGUGGAUGCUCCAUACAUGGUGGAUGUUCCGUCCCUGGUGGAUGCUCAGAACCGCCUGAAGAAGAUGUCCCACAAGACCCUAGUUAUUCGACAGGAUAUCCCAAAUUCAGUGGGGAGAGCCAAUCAUCCUAUCAUUGGCAACCAGCGUAUGUCCGUUUGCGCUCCCUCAUUGCGGCUCGGAAUAUGGAAGAUAAUCGGCAACUCGAACCGAGACUUAGUAGUGGUUGGAAAAAUUGCCUAUGAAGCUCUACAGUCUGUGCCCCAAGCAAUGGAAUGCCAUUUCAGCUGGUUUGAGAGUCAGUCAAUUCUGGACGAGCUCAUUUCCGUACAUUCGCUACGACGACUUCAAGAAGGAAUCCGGGUUACCGAUCUGACCCCAGGACAUGGCGUUGCAUUCGGCAAGACCGAGGCAUUCCAUGUAGCUUUUGCAGGGAAGCGGUGGCAGCAAGGUGGCAGGGUGACGAUGUUGUUUGUCAAGACCCCUACGCCUCCUGGGUGGACCUCCUUGUGGUCAUUUCUCCGUCGGUCUCCAAGCCAACCGAAAAAUACCUUGUGGUGGGCUGCUCUUGCAUUUGAUCAGGUUCUUCAAACCUAUACCGAGCAGAUACAAGAUUGUCUGGCGCUACUCGUUUGUGGCCCGUCCGGUUUGGAGGCGCAAAGCCAUUAUCGGGAAAUCACUCAGUCUGAGGUGCAAAUGUGCGAUAUGACGAGGUACCACGACAUCCACACGCAGGCGGAUGGGCGACACCUUGUGCGCGCCGGGAUGUUCGCUCUGGUGACGCCGAAUUCUCGACAACCUGAAGAGAGCGCCAAGACACUCCUGGCGUCACAACAACCCCAGGAGAAGAAUACCGAAAAGGAAGCACUGACAGUCCCGCUGGAAAAUGUUUCGACUCGUUACUGGUGGGAACAAAUACUAGAAACCGAUCAUUCGGAGAGGUCACCAUGUACUGACUGGCUUCGCUAUGGUAAAUGCGGCCAACCCUUGAAGGAAGCUCAAACCCUUGCAGGUUUGUGCGGUGUUUGCCAGACAGAUCUGAAGGAGUUUCCCCUCAUUUGGAAGUGCCAACAAUGCCAAAUGAUAGCUCAUACUUGUUGCGCAGGGUUCGAAGGCUGGGACCAUGAUAAGAAGGAUAUGUUCUGUCCAAAAUGUUCGUGUCGUUAUCCCGGGGUCGAAGCGAUAGAGAUGCCGGACCUCCUUCAUGGCUAUCUGACCCCUGCGCAGUUAAGAACCCUGGAAGAUUACUCGGCACGACAGCCACGUUACACUCGAUCACAGGCUUAAUUACUAUUAUUUGUAUAGAGAUUUGAGUGCCAUAGCCUAUAGCACUGCUGGUUUGUACGUAGAUAUACAUUACAGGCCAUACAGAAGGUAUACACCUGCCUCGGGCGCUUCUGCGGCCGUGCCUGAUUGACC